AGAUCGGGUCGAGGAUCCUAUCAUUCCUCCUCACGGAUAUGGAGAGACAGAAUCACAGAUAGAGAGCUGGACAGAGGACCGGCUUAUAUGGCGGGAACAGGUUUUCAAAGCUCGGCUAUCCACCUUUGGUCGAGCGAUCUCAGCCGUCCAUUUCCCCUCACAGAUACCAUCAGCAAGAGAUCUUCUCUCAAACGCUUGAAAACGCCAUCUCUUCGCUCUCUCUCUUCCUCGUCUCGACCCCUCACACCUCAAUGCUCCUCUGAAAGAGGUGAUGCAAGCUCCUCGUUGAACGGUGUUGGAGGAGCUAACAGUGAAGUUCCUCAUGAGAAUCCCCUACAAGUAGUUUUAGUUUCUCCCCAGAUUCCUGGAACCGCAGGAUGUGUUGCUAGAACAUGUGCAGCGUCUGCUGUUCGCCUGCAUCUCAUCGAGCCAUUAGGAUUUCAGGUGGACGAUGCGAAACUGAAGCGUGCAGGGAUUGGAUUGCAUUAUUGGCCAAAUGUAGUUGUUAAAGUUCACGACUCUUGGGCAGCAUUCAAGGAGUAUUUCGGAAGACAGGGUGGGGAAAAACGGUUGUUGGCAUUUACAAAGAGAGGAAUGACAGUUCAUUCAGAUUUCUCUUACAAGCAAGGCGAUUGGCUCAUUUUUGGAUCGGAAACUUUCGGCUUAAGUCCUGAAGUUUUGCUUGACUGCAGCAACAAAAAGUUUGGUGGCGGAACAAUUCGAAUUCCAAUGGCUGAAACUUAUGUCGAAUGCCUAAAUCUCGCUGUGAGUGUUGGCAUAGCUGUGUACGAAGCAUCCAGGCAGCUAAACUAUGAACAACUUCUAUGCAAAUAUGGGACUUCUAUCAACAGCCAAAACUCAUUUGUUUCCGAAGAUAUAUUAGCCUAAUUGUAGAAAGCAUGUGUAUAUCUUCUUCUUUUUUCCAUUUCUCCUGUGAAGGUUUACCAUGCUUACAAUUCUGAGGGGACCCAACGUAAUAGUCUGUCGGUGAAUUUAUGUAAAAUGCAGCACUUGUAAUGUUA